CUUCGCGCAAUUUAUAAGUUAGUGCGUCACUCUGUUCUGUUCGCUGUCAUUCGUAUUGUUGGUUGACAAAUACCAAGUGAAGACUCAUAAAAUGAAAAUGCUGUUGGUCACCUAGGGUAGCAUUGUGGAUAACAUGUCAUCGGAUGGCACCAAAAAGCCAUCUGAAGAUAACGAAAAGCUACCCGAGGACAUCAAAAAGUCAUCCUCGUCUAGAGUCAAUUUUAUGAUUCAAGAAGCUUCUAAACUUGAAGUUUCUGGCAUUUCACAAUUGUAUAAUUGUGUUCGACAACGUAUGAUGGAUGUUGGUUUAUUAGAGGAUAAUCGAAAUCUUAGAAAUACCAUUGAUGCUCCAUGGUUAGAUGAUGAAGCUAUUCAAUUAAAAUUAUCUUAUCAAGAAGCUAUUACACUUUGGACAACAUGGCCAACAUCUUUAUGCGCUGAAAGAAUUAAAUUAAUACGUAAACAAUUCAAUGAGAAAUUAAUUGAUUUACGUCAAAAAUGGGAAGAGAAAAUUAAUAAUUGUCGUAUCAUGGAUCAUAGAACUGCUGAAAAAGCUUUAAAAUUAAAUGCAACACAAUAUAAAGAAUUAUUAUUAUUUACAUCUGGUCAAGAACAACAACACCAACAAAAUAAUGCUCCACCAUAUUGUUCAAUGCCUGCUUCCUCUUCAAACAAGAGAUCCCAUCACAAUUAUCAUCCAUAUGAUUUGAAUCAAAAUCAUCAUUAUCAUCGUCAACGUCAUCAUCAUUAUCAAGAUUCUUUAAAUAUUCCACGGACUAUGAUGAAACAAUCUGAUCGUCAACCAUUUAGUUAUUAUAUUCCAAAUGAUGUCAAUAUGACACCUCAAGAUAAUCGACGUAUUCAUGGGGUAGCAUAUCAAAAUUAUUUCCAUGGAUCAUAAUACUGUUUAUAUAUAUAUAUAUUCUAUGUAAAUAGUUUAUUACCUAUCUCGUAGUUUUUUUAUAUAUUCUUAUUCUUAUUACUAUUACUAUUAUUACUAACUUAAUUUCAGCAAUAAGCGUCACCUUCCUUUAUGUGAUUGUUACUUUAUUGACAAGUGGUAAUUGAGGAGAAGGGUGUAAAGUGCCUGAUAAAAUCAUACCGCAUAAAAAACAGAUACU